AUGGCAGACGUUUCAAUCCUCCUGAUCGGUGCAAGCGGCGCUCUCGGAAAGCCUCUCCUGGAUGAGCUUAUCAGGCAGAGACAUCAGUUCAAGCGCAUCGCCGUUCUCGCAACUCCUGAUAGAGCAAGCAAAUUCAGCAAUUCUGGCGUUGAAGUUGUUGUUGGUUCCUUUUUUGACGCAAAGUCAUAUCAAGGCUUCACACAUGUCAUAUCGGCAGUCGGCAAUCCCCUGAUGGUCCUGCAGCCUGCCAUGGUUGAAGUUGCCGUCUCCGCCGGCGUAAAGCAUUGGUACGCCUCGGAGUGGAACAGCGACAUCUCGCAACGCCAGAUUCAGGACCUGCGCUAUUUCCGCGACAAACAAGCCGUGAGGGCCUAUCUACGCGCCAAAGCCGCUCAAGAACCUAAUUUCCAAUACACGCUCAUGGUCACUGGUAUUUUUACCGAGUGGGCGCUCGAUGAGUUCUAUGGGUUUGACCAUCAGAAGCUCACGGCCAAACUGUAUGGCGAGCCUGGUAGGAGGAUUGGUGUAACGAGUAUCCCCGACAUUGCGCGGUACACCAUCGACUCACUACGGAUCCCGUUCGAAGGCCCAGGUCGCACACUGCGGGUGCAAGGCUGGACGGGCAAGAUCGAAGACCUGAUUCGCGAAUUGGAGCAGGUUCGAGGAGUCAAAUAUGAAAUCACCUGGGUGGAUGUCUCCGCGGCGAAGGAACUCGAAGAACAGGCCAGAGCAAACGAGGAUGAUUUGUCGGAGAUGAUGUACAGUAUCAAGCCUUUGUUGGCCAGUGGAUAUGGCGUUGCGGAUGGGGUUGGCAAGUUGGAUAACGGGCUCUUUGACUUCAAGCCAGAGACACCAAGAGAGACCUUUACGCGUGUCUUCAAUACCCAGACAUAG